AUGGCCGCCCUGCGGAGCUUCCUGCGGUGGCGCCUGCUGGGUCCCCCGCACUCCUGGUCCCUGCCCGGCGGGCCGGAGCUGGGCAGGUCCCUGGGGGCCGGCGCGGGGCAGGAGUCGGCGGGGCCGGGCCGGCGGGGGGAGCUGGGGAUGGCGGCGGGGGCGGCCGGGGGGGCUCUCGCCUGUUACCUGGGCUACCGGCUCUAUGAGCGCCGGGCCGGGCGGCAGCCGGAGCCCCCCCGGCCCCGUGGGGCGCAGGCAGCCGCCGAGCGCCGACCCGCAGGAGCCGGAGAGCCCGAUCCGGCCCAGGGGCUGCUGCCCAUCCCCGUAGCGGCGGCUGCCAAGGAGACGAUCGCAGAAAGCAGAUCAGACUUUGAAGAUCUGGACCUUUAUGCAACUUCUCGAGAGCAACGGUUUCGUAUAUUUGCCAGUUUAGAAUUUGAAGGCCAAUUAUAUAUGACCCCACAUGACUUCAUUCAGUCUGUUACAAGUGAUGCACCCAAACGUGCUAAAAAGUGGAGGUCCCUUUCAAAACAGGAAUUGAAUCAGAUACUUAUAGAGACACCACCAGUUUGGAAAGGAUCAUCAAAACUGUUCCGUAAUCUUAGAGAGAAAGGUUUGAUUUCCUACACAGAAUAUCUGUUUCUCCUUUGUAUCUUAACAAAACCUCAUGCAGGUUUUAAAAUAGCUUUCAACAUGUUUGAUACUGAUGGCAAUGAGAUGGUCGACAAAAAGGAGUUCUUAGUGCUUCAAGAGAUAUUUAGAAAGAAAAAUGAGAAAAGAGAAAGAAAAGGAGAUGAAGAGAAACGUAUAAUGUUGCGCCUUCAACUCUAUGGAUAUCAUACUUCUACUAACAGUGUACUUAAGACAGAUGGAAAGGACCUUGUUCCCAGAAGCUAUUGGGAUACAUUGAGACGUAGCACAAGCCAAGCUCUCUUUUCGGACCUUGCAGAGCAUGCAGAUGACAUCUCAAGUUUGCUAUCUGAUACCACACUGCUUGUGCAUUUUUUUGGCAAGAAGGGAAAGGCUGAGCUAAACUUUGACGAUUUUUAUAGAUUUAUGGAUAACCUACAAACCGAAGUUCUAGAAAUAGAAUUCCUUUCCUAUUCUAAUGGGAUGAACACCAUCAGUGAGGAAGACUUUGCUCAUAUUCUUUUGAGAUAUACAAAUGUGGAAAAUACAUCAAGUUACCUGGAAAAUGUACGGUGCAGGAUCCCUGAAGAAAAGGGUAUCACAUUUGAUGAGUUCAGAUCAUUUUUCCAGUUUUUGAACAACCUAGAAGAUUUUGCAAUUGCAAUGCAAAUGUAUAAUUUUGCAAAUCGUUCUAUAGGACAAGAUGAAUUCAAGCGUGCUGUGUAUGUAGCUACAGGCCUGAAGCUUUCAGCACAUUUGGUGAACACAGUCUUCAAGAUCUUUGAUGUUGACAGAGAUGACCAGCUGAGUUAUAAAGAAUUUAUUGGCAUUAUGAAGGACAGAUUGAAUCGAGGGUUCAGGGAGACCCCAAAAUAUGGUUUGAAGGGUUACUGUGUUUGUGUGACAACUGUAACAAGCAAACAUUUAAGAGAGCUCUGGAAGCAAUUUCGGAGUCGAGAUAUGCUAGGAUAA